CUGAGAAUAUUAACCAUGAGCACUAUUGCUAAUUUCUUUAUAUUGUUCCUCGUUGUUAACUGCUAUGUAGGAGAAUUGCCAGGUGUCAGUGGAUUUAUCAAAAUUCUUCAUCUACCUGCAACUGUAAAAACAGAAGAAGGAACAGCUGCCGGAGUCUCUAUCUUUAACUUUUCUGUGAACUCGACGAUUAAAGAUGUAUCACUAGCUGCCAAAAUAGCAGACAGCAAUCCAGUCAACAACUUUUUUGCUGUCUCUGUAAUGCUUGGUCUACAGUUGGAAGUGACAGUGUCACAAAAUCCUGGACUGGACUACGAAACUCAGUCCACUUACGACUUACUGAUCUUCGUUAAAGAUAAUAAGGGGAACACAGACUUUCAAACACUUACAGUUUUAUUAGUUGAUGUUAAUGAGCCCCCAAGAUUCCUGGAUAAUCUGGCAAAUGGAGUUGUGUACGUUGACUUUCCUGAGAAUUUAGCAGUUGGCACGAUGAUAUAUGAGGUUCAAGCAACGGAUCCUGACAAAGAUGAUGAUGUUCUCUCUUAUUCAGUCAAUUCCUCUCUGGUUAUCGUUAACCGUAGUGGAAAAAAUGGGGCAAUUCUUGCCGCAAAAUCAUUUGAUUAUGAGAAAGAUCUGCACAGCUUCAGUGUGAUAGUCACGGUAAAGGAUGCAACAGGUAACAGCAUCACAGGGAUUAUUGUGGUCAAUUUAAUUAACGUAAAUGACAACUGGCCAGUCUUUAAGCCAAAUAAAACAAUAUUCAAUGUUUUGGAAGAAAAGCCGCCAAAUUCAGUUAUCGGGAAGGUUACUGCCUAUGAUCCUGAUGAUGAUGGUACAGCAGUCAGCUUGAUUUAUUUUAUGAGUACUCCAAACCAAUACUUUACCAUUAACUCAGUUACAGGAGAGCUGAUUGUAUCAGCAAUAAUCGAUCGAGAUAAUGGACCUUUCAGAAAUGCUCCAACGCAAGAGUUUGAAGUUGCUGCUAAAGACCAUCCUUCUCAAGGGCAUACAGCCUCAAUGAUCAUUAUAGUCAACAUAAUAGAUGUCAAUGACAAUCAACCCUUCUGUUUCCCACGUAUGCACAGUGUUCAGGUACCAGAAACAACUGAAAAGGGUACAGCAAUUGUUACCUUAUCCUGCAAAGAUAACGACGUGGAGCUUGCAAACAACCAAUUCACGACUUCACUUCAGCCUGGUCUCAGGGCUGGUGGAAAGUUUGCUUUGAAUGGGAAGAAUAGUACUACUAUUGUGGUCACGGGUGACCUGGACUUUGAGGCUGUUAAUAAUCUUGAAGAUUACAAAGUCUAUAUGAUGUCUGUAGUUGUUACAGAUAUCACACCACCCCAUUACCAAGAUACAGUGACUGUGUACAUCACGGUCACUGCAGUAAAUGAGUUUCAACCAUCCUUCACCCAGAUUUCUUACACCUUCAAUGUCCUGGAAUUCAGUGGAAUUGGAACAAAGAUUGGACAAGUAUUUGCUGAGGACAAAGAUUUUCCAGGCCCGGAACUCACUUACUCACUUGUGGCAGGGGGAAACGCGCUGGGCUACAAUCAGUUGUUUUGGAUCAAUCCGACAUCAGGGGAAAUACAUCUUGUGGCCCAACCCGAUUAUGAGGCAACUGCCCAGUAUCUGCUCACAGUGCAGGCUGUUGAUUUAGAUUCUGAUGAUCCAAAAACUGCUACAACAACUGUCACAGUGAAUAUUCUUCCAACCAAUGAUGAACCACCUACUUGUCAGCCAAAAUUUUAUUCUCUGGCAAUUUUUGAUGACACAGCUGUGGGGACCAAUGUUCAAGACUUCCAGUUAUCCUGUACAGACCGGGACUCUCCCCCUCAGUCUUUCCGUUACUUCAUAAUUUCAGGUAAUAUCAACAACCACUUUAGUCUCUCUCCAAGUGCUGGAUCCAACAUCACUAAACUGAUACUUGCUGUUCCUUUUAAUUACAAGCAAGGGAUUGAUAAAGUCUCUGACUAUAAUCUCAUUGUUCAAAUAACUGAUGAUAAUCUUCUGGCUGGAAGCACAGGGAGAGAAGUUGUGCAAACAGGGAGAGUAAUGAUCAAUGUCAGAAUUAUUAUCUCUACAACCAAUACUCAACAAACAACUACAACCCCAAAUAUAACCUAUAUCAGACAGUCUCAAAACACCUAUGAAGCAGAUGCUUGGUACACACCAUUUGUUAUCACUAUGGGCUGUGUGCUACUGCUAGGACUGCUGGGAUAUUUGGCCUACCUCCUGGCUAAGUAUGUCUGCUCCAUACCAAAGUCAUCAAAAAUCAAGAAAAAGCCAUUGAUGGAAAAACGAGAAUCCAAGAUGAAGAAGCAACACAAUGUUAUUGUGGAAAUGAUCAAACGCAAUGCAAUCUUUAAUGGAGAAGCUGUUGAUCCAGUCACAGGCAAUGUGUAUCAAUAUAACACAAACUCUGGAGCCAGGCGUUGGAAGGAUACAAAGUUACCCAUGAAAAACUAUGGGAAUGCUGAGGAUGAACCCCUUAAGUUUAAGCCCAAUAUGAUCAAAACCAACGAGAUGAGUUUUAUGCAGCAGGACGACUUGGAGCCCCAUGAAGGGAAGAGGGCAAUGCAGAAUAUACCCAAUGGCCAAACUUCUUCAAAACUUCCUCCCAAACUUGAGAAACAGAUCAAAAUGGCACCACAGAUAUCAAAACCAUCUCAAACUCAAAAUUCUUUGCCAGAUAUUUAGGUUUUGCUGAAACUUGAUAAGGAACACCAAUAUUCUGCAAAUACAUUCCAUGACUAUCUUUUUAUUGCAGAAAUUAUUGCAGUCACGUCAUUGAACAGCUUUGCAUCCCACAGGUUCGUAAAGGACACAAACAAAAAUAGCUGGUCUUACAGGUUUUUCUUUUUCAAAUAAUGUGAGUGGUUUCAGCAAGCCAUGUUUUACUUUUGUAGGAGCAAGGUCAGAAGUACUUCAGAAGUUGAAAGUCUUAUGCUUAAGAGCCAAUUAGAGAACUUCAACAUUGUUGCUCUUUAGUUGAAAGAUAUUAUAGAUGGUAUUAGUAAACAACUUCUAUUUCAGUUCACUUGUUAUUAAAAUUCAAAAGUUCAAAAUAAAUUUAUUAUCAAAGUACAUAUA